AACUGAUUCAUAAGGUUCGCUGGGCUGGGUACCUAUUUCCAGUGGCCAUUUAUACGGCGCUGGCUGUGGCUGUCUGGCAGGUUGGUACCAGAUCUCCCACAGAUGACACCAUAAUCGGCAUUUCCGUGAGCCUAUUGGUCGUUCUGCGAGUGCAACCACUGAAACGAGGCUUCGAUCUUGCCCUACGGAUGCCGACGGACGUGAUGGAGCGGUAUGAUUACUCGCUAUUCUGGCGCCAAUUAUGCGUAGCCACUGCCUUUUUCGCCGGCGCAGGCGUCGCACUAUGGGCUGUUUCGACCAGCCAGCUUCCCGUCGACACGAAAAUCGGUCUGGCGUUGGGCGUCAUUGGGGUCCCGGCCCUCGUAACCUCGACGUGGCAAUACGUAGUAUCCUUUCACCUCUUUCUUUCUUCCAGGAAUUCAUCGAUAGAUGCAAUUCAUGGACGGUCACGGUUCUUGGCCGACGUACUGGAAGUUCUCUCAAGUUUUGCACUGGGAGUUGGACUUUGGAGACUGUUCGACAGCGGCAUGACAGAUGCCACAAAGAUCGGUGUAGCCACUGGCUGUAUUGGUGUUCCCCUCAAACUCAUCGGCUAUUAUGUCAACACCAAGCUUCUAGUCAGCUCGAGCCACUGUUGCUAUCUUCAACCAGUUCCUGGGGCCCAGCUGGGUCCGAAUCUCGGCAGCUACGCGAUCCUCGGCACAAUCAUCUGGAAGCUGAGUACGAGCACCUUGUCUGUUACUACCAAACUGAGCAUUGGCAUGGCGAUUCUUGGAGCGCGGCAAACUCUGCGGGACCGCCUGGCACGAAGGUAUUAUAUAUGUCAUUAUGACCAUAUCGAGGAAGCUUAUAAGUGUCCCGGGAGGCCCUGGUGGGCACUAUAAUUGUAGGAUCCUCGUCGCACUAGGCAUUAUCGGGUGCUCACGACAGCCAGUGAAAGGCCAGGAGGCAGAGUUAAGGCCAGUGGAGGGGGAAGGGUCAGGCGUUAAGAGGG